AUGGUAAAGAUGAGAGAGGCUGUUGCUCAUUGGAUCCUAAUGCAUGAGCAUCCAUUUUCCAUUGCUGAGGAGGAAGGUUUUAAUAUGAUGCAACAAAGGGGCAUGCCUCAAUGGGAAAAGAUUUCUCGUGUCACAGCAAAGAAAGAUUGUAUGCUUAUGUAUGAGAAUGAAAAGAAGAGAUUGUUUGCAUUGUUGAAGAAUGUCAACAAAAUCAGCUUGACAACCGAUAUGUGGAUGUCAUCACCUCAAAAGAUGGAGUACAUGAUUGUGACAGGACACUUUGUUGAUAUUGAUUGGAAACUACAGAAACGUGUUCUUAAUUUUGUGCAUCUUACUCCGCCUCUUCGUGGCAUUGACAUUGCUGAUGCUAUAUAUAAAUGUUGCAAAGAAUGGGGAAUUGAAGGUAAGGUGUUCACAAUCUCGGUGGAUAAUGCUUCAAAGAAUGAUGUUGCUAUUAGAAAUUUGAAAGACACUUUUGCAAGACAUAAGAAGUUGCUUUGUGGUGGACGAAUGUUUCAUGUUCGAUGUACGGCUCACAUUUUGAACAUAAUGGUUCAAUUUGGUCUUUCAAAGAUUGAAAGUGUCAUUGAAAAUAUUCGUGAUAGUGUGGUUCAUAUUAAGCAAUCUGAAGAGAGGCUAAUUAUGUUUUCUGAGAUUGUACAACAGUUGCAAUUACCUUAUAGGAAGUUGGUGCUUGAUUGCAAAACAAGGUGGAAUUCAACUUAUGAGAUGCUAUCAGUGGCAUUGAAGUUUAAAGAUGUUUUCCCAAGAUACAAAGAUCGUGAUAUCACCUAUGAUUGUUGUCCAAGCAAUGAAGAUUGGGAAAAGGCAGAAAAAGUGUGUGAAAUUCUUGAAGUGUUCAAUUCCACUACCAAUAUUAUUUUUGGAAGUGAGUAUCCUACUUCAAACUUGUUUCUAAAUGAAGUUUUUCGUGUGAAAGAAGUGUUAGAUAGAAAAUAUCAAGAGAGUGGAGAUGGAGAUAACUUCAUUUUUGACAUGGUUACAACACAAACUCAUAUUCUUGAUGUGAAAAAUUGUUUGUAUGAGCUUUACAAUGAAUAUCUUGUUGAGUAUCAAUCCAUUGGUUCUGAGAAUAGUCUCGAAACUACAUCAAUUGGUUGUACAAGUAGUGCAAGUGGUUCUUCUUCAGGAUGGUCUCAAUUUCAAGCAUUUGUGAAGACAGUUGAAACUAUUACUCCCCAAAAAUCUGAUUUGGAUAUUUAUCUCAAGAAGGGUGCUUUUAUUUGUGAUGGAGAUUCUCGCAAGUUUGAUGCUUUUGGAGUGGUGGAAGGCAAAUACCUUAAAAGUAUCGUGUUUUUGUCUAAGAUGGCUAGAGAUGUUCUUGCUAUACCUAUAACUCAUCGUAGCUUCCCUGAAAGCACUUUAGUGCUUGCAUGGACGGGUUAUUGA